AUGGCUGCAUUGGCCCUGUUGUUCGCUGUCCACUCUUACCAACCCAGCCCUUUCUUUGUUCUUGAUGAGGUCGAUGCAGCAUUGGACAAUGCAAAUGUCCAAAAGAUUUCCAACUAUAUCAGAAGCCACGCUGGUCCGGGAUUUCAGUUUAUUGUUAUUAGUUUGAAAACUGGUUUGUUCCAGCAAAGCGAGGCACUUGUCGGCAUUUUUAGGGAUCAAGUCGAGUGUAGUUCUAAGAGUCUUACACUUGAUUUGCGCAAAUAUGUGGAUGCUUAA